AUGACAAGAAUCGGGAUAAAAGAGCUAGGAGUCAGUGAGCUUAAAUGGAUAGGAAUGGGACACUUUGAUUCAAAUGACUUUAGGAUCUUCUAUUCUGGACAUGAUAAAUUAAGAAAAAAUGGAGUGGCUCUAAUUGUAAAAAAGAAUUUAAAUUUAGUAAAUUUUAUUUUGGGUUAUAAACCAGUUAGUGACAGAAUCAUAGUCUUGAGGAUGCAGGGAAAACCAGUCAAUCUGUCAAUCAUUCAAGUUUAUGCUCCUACUACAGAAGCAACAGAAGAAGAAAUUGAAGGGUUUUAUGAAAAACUUCAAGAAACAGUUAAUAAUUUACCAAAAAAAGAUGCACUCUUUAUUCUUAGUGACUGGAAUGCAAAAGUAGGAAAAGAAGAGACUCCAGGACAUGUUGGAAGAUAUGGUCUUAAGAAAAUAAAUGAUGCUGGAAUACGACUAGUGGAAUUCUGCAUUUCAAAUAAACUAUUUAUUGCAAAUACAUAUUUCCAAGUACAUAAACGAAGACUGUAUACAUGGACAUCACCAGAUGGAAAUUUUAAAAAUCAGAUUGAUUAUAUAAUAGGUAGCAAGAGAUGGAGGAAUGCAAUCAAAUCAGCAUGUACCAGACCGGGUGCUGACUGUGGGACUGNCAUUCAAAACUGA